AUGCCAAUCACAACUCGUGCUAUGGCGAGACGCCAGCAACCCCGGUCAGACGAUGUCCAAUUCAAGUGCUUCCUCGACCUGCCGCUCGAGAUCAGAACCGAAAUCUAUUCCUACUUUCAAGCUUGCCCCGAAACACGACACAGUCUGAUGGCUGUCUCCCACCAGAUCAGCGAAGAAUGUACACCGCUUUUCUUCCGUCAGCUGCGGUUCACCAUUCACGCCCUGUAUCCGAGCGCGUUGCAAGCGGGAUUCUCCAAAAGUGCCAUCCGGUUCUCACCUAGAUGCACUCCACGCGGUUUCGACCAGUUUUACCUCCGCAAAAUGUCCGACUUUAGACUGCGCAACAUCCACAGCUUAGGUUACAACGUCGCUCGCCCAACAGAAGGGAGAGCGCGAGUUUCGACAGCAGACUUGUUGGGGAUGAAGGAGCUCUGUGGAGUACUGCUCUCACAUAUCGGCAGCCUCGAGUGCUUGGAAGAGCUGGUGAUCUACAUGAAGCCAAGAUGGGCAAUCACUCAGAAAGAAGUAAAAAUUGACAAAGAGGAGAUGUGGUACGUUGUCGACAGAGACGGUACAUGGGAUGAGAUCGAGCAAAAGCUGGUGCGUAGGGGUGGCCCGCUCCAGGGCUGGGAGGUAUCAAGACGCAUUGAGCUGAGUGACGUGCCUCAACGUGAUCCAAGUGUAGGUCAUCUUCUCAGAUACGUCUCCAGCACGUUCAGGAAGACCAACGACAAUCACACCACUGGAGAGAGCUUGCCUGUCCCAACCAUCGUGGUACAAAUCGUCAGCUGA